GCCAAAGCUCUAAGAAACACAGUUCAUUGUUGGUAGUUGCUGGGCAGUCUUGCUGAGCUGUGAGGGCAGCGGAGGGAAAAUAAAGGAGAGCGGCUCCGAUUCUACCCCCGCGGCCCGCUGCAAGACCUCAGCUCCGACAACGCGACAGCUAGCGCCCUGCACGCCAGGAAGGCCCCCUCUAUGUGCUGCUGAGUCGGUCCUGGACCCGACGAUCCCGCCCUUGGUCUUCGGAGCAGAAAUCGCUAAGACGGAAGGACUGGAAAUGGCAGACCAUAUGAUGGCCAUGAACCACGGGCGCUUCCCCGACGGUACCAAUGGGCUGCACCACCACCCUGCCCACCGCAUGGGCAUGGGGCAGUUCCCGAGCCCCCAUCACCACCAGCAGCAGCAGCAGCCCCAACACGCCUUCAACGCCCUAAUGGGCGAGCACAUACACUACGGCGCGGGCAACAUGAAUGCCACCAGCGGCAUCAGGCACGCGAUGGGGCCGGGGACUGUGAACGGAGGGCACCCCGCAAGCGCGCUGGCCCCAGCCGCUAGGUUUAACAACUCCCAGUUCAUGGGCCCCCCGGUGGCCAGCCAGGGAGGCUCCCUGCCGGCCAGCAUGCAGCUGCAGAAGCUCAACAACCAGUAUUUCAACCAUCACCCCUACCCCCACAACCACUACAUGCCGGAUUUGCACUCUGCUGCAGGCCACCAGAUGAACGGGACAAACCAGCACUUCCGAGAUUGCAACCCCAAACACAGCGGCGGCAGCACCACCCCCGGCUCGGGUGCUUGCCAUUCAGAUGGCGCUGUGAUCUGAUGUUUUUCACCAUGCAGGUACCGGUGAGGUCUGUCCAAUGGCAGCGGCGGCGGCGGCAGCGGCAGCGGCAGCAGCAACAUGCCCGCCUCUGUGGCCCACGUCCCUGCUGCAAUGCUGCCGCCCAAUGUCAUAGACACUGAUUUCAUCGACGAGGAAGUGCUUAUGUCCUUAGUGAUAGAAAUGGGUUUGGACCGCAUCAAGGAGCUGCCUGAACUCUGGCUGGGGCAAAACGAAUUUGAUUUCAUGACGGACUUCGUGUGCAAACAGCAGCCCAGUCGAGUAAGCUGUUGACUCGAUCGAAACCCAGCGAAAGAAAUCAAACCCUCCAACUUCUUCGGUGUGAAUUAAAAACAUUCCCUUAGACACAGUAUCUCACUUUUCAAAUCUUGAAAGGUUUGAGAACUUGGAAACAAAGUAAACUAUAAACUUGUACAAAUUGGUUAAAAAAAUUGCUGCCACUUUUUUUUUUCCUGUUUUUGUUUCGUUUUUGUAGCCUUGACAUUCACCUCCCUUAUGUAGUUGAAAUAUCUAGCUAACUUGGUCUUUUUUGUUUGUUUUUACUCCUUAUUUCCUCACUUUCUCCAGUGCUCAACUGUUAGAUAUUAAUCUUGGCAAACUGCUUAAUCUUGUGGAUUUUGUAGAUGGUUUCAAAUGACUGAACUGCAUUCAAAUUUAUGAGUGAAAGGAAAAAUUGCAUUAGUUGGUUGCAUGAACUUCGAAGGGCAGAUGCACAAACUCUGCCAUCUCGCUUCAUUUUUUUAACUAUGCAUUUGAGUACAGACUAAUUUUUAAAAUAUGCUAAACUGGAAGAUUAAACAGAUGUGGGCCAAGCCGUUCUGGAUCAGGAAAAGUCAUACUGUUCACUUUCAAGUUGGCUGCCCCCCCCUCCCCCAUAUGUACAGACAAUAAUAGGGUGUGUGGAAUGUCGUCAGUGGCAAACAUUUCACAGAUUUUUAUUUUGUUUCUGUCUUCAACAUUUUUGACACUGUGCUAAUAGUUAUAUUCAGUACAUGAAAAGAUACUACUGUGUUGAAAGCUUUUAAGGAAAUUUUGACAGUAUUUUUGUACAAAACAUUUUUUUGAAAAAAUACUUGUUAAUUUAUUCUAUUUUAAUUUGCCAAUGUCAAUAAAAAGUUAAGAAA